AUGACUUCCAAAGAAGAAGCCAAACCUUCGUCGGGGGAAGAACGCCGGAGGAGCCCUCUGGAUCACCUCCCCCCGCCGGCCAACUCCAACAAGCCCCUCACCCCCUUCAGCAUCGAGGACAUCCUCAACAAGCCGUCGGUGCGGAGGAGUUACGCGCUGUGCGGGACUGCCCACCUGCUCUCCGCCGCCGACAAGCACCCCCCGGCCGGGCUGCCCCUCUCCGGCCGGCCGCUGCUCUCCCAAACGUCUCCUCUCUGCGCCCUGGAAGAGCUGGCCAGCAAGACCUUCAAGGGGCUGGAAGUCAGCGUGCUGCAGGCGGCCGAAGGCAGGGACGGGAUGACGAUCUUCGGGCAGCGGCAGACGCCGAAAAAGCGUCGGAAGUCGCGGACGGCCUUCACCAACCAUCAGAUCUACGAGCUGGAGAAGAGGUUCCUCUACCAAAAAUACCUGUCGCCGGCGGACCGGGACCAGAUCGCCCAGCAGCUGGGGCUCACCAACGCCCAGGUCAUCACCUGGUUCCAGAACCGCCGCGCCAAGCUCAAACGCGACCUGGAGGAGAUGAAGGCCGACGUGGAGUCCGCCAAAAAGCUGGGCCCCAACCCCGCCGUGGACAUCGUGGCCCUGGCCGAGCUGGAGCCCAGCACCGAGGGUCGGGGCAAGGCUCGGCCCGGCUCCCCCCCGCCGCCCCCCGCAGCCCGGGAGCCCGGUGCCCCGCCGCCGCCCCGCCCCGCCUCGCCCCCCACGGAGCGGCCCCGCAGCCGCCGGGACAGCGAGGAGGAGGAGGACGAGGAGGAGGAGGACGUGGAGAUCGACGUGGAUGACUGA